AUGAGGUCGGAACUGGGUAAAUUAUCACUGGAUUCCACCUUUCUUGAAAGAGAUAACCUCAAUCACCUGAUUGUCAACGCCGAAGCUGAACGUAUGAAAAGAGCGGAAAUACUGAGAAGUGAAGGUGAUAGAGAAAGCGAAAUCAACAUCGCUUUGGCCAAGAGGCAAAUCGAAAUAUUAAAGGCAGAAGGUGAAGCUAAAGCGGAAAAACAAAGAGCAGAAGCAGCUGCCUAUACACUCGAAGUCUUAACCAAUACACUCAAAAAAAAUGGUAAAUCAAGAAUUGUAUAUAAGAGAGUGGCAGAAGCAGUAACGUUAAGACUGGCGGAAAAGUAUAUUGCGGCGUUUGCAAAUUUGGCAAAAACAAAUAACACCAUCAUCCUAUCAAAUAACAACGCAACAACGGAUCUUAUAACACAAGCCACGACAAUAUUUGGCAGAAUAAACUCUCAACUGAAGGAAGAUGUAAAGAAUACACUGGGAUCAGUUGAAAAUACGGAAGAUCUAUUGGCUGUCCCAAAAUCUCAAGAUAAAUGA